AUGAGCUUCAACAAACUCCCGCUCAAUCCCCGCGAGAUGAUGCAGGGUCUCGUCGGCAAGGACAUUGUCGUGCGACUCAAGUGGGGAGAGACCGAAUACAAGGGCAACCUCGUGUCCCUGGACAGCUACCUGAACCUGCAACUCUCCAACACAGUCGAAUACAUCAAGGACAAACCCACGGGCGAGCUAGGCCAAGUGCUCAUCAGGUGCAACAACGUGCUCUGGGUGCGCGGCGGCAGCAAAGAAGACGCAGACACCAGGAUGGAGGAUUGA